GCUCCCCUCCCCUCCGCUCCCCUCCCAGCCCAUCCCGACCCGUCGGUCCGUGUCCCGCUGCGGCCUGGUCGGGGCGUGGGCGGCGGACGGGGGGUGGUGGGGAGCCGCCGGGGGUCGGGGGGGUGUGUGUGUCCUGCCUCCUGCCCCCUCGCCGGGAGCGCCACCAUGGUCAUCCGCGUCUACAUCGCCUCCUCCUCCGGAUCCACCGCGAUCAAGAAGAAGCAGCAGGAUGUCCUGGGCUUCCUGGAGGCCAACAAGAUCGGCUUCGAGGAGAAGGACAUCGCGGCCAAUGAGGAGAACCGCAAAUGGAUGAGGGACAACGUCCCCGAGAACAGUCGGCCCGCCACGGGGAACCCCCUGCCCCCCCAGAUCUUCAACGAGUGCCAGUACCGUGGGGACUACGAAGCCUUCUUUGAAGCCAGGGAAAACAACGCCGUGUACGCCUUCCUGGGGCUGACCGCGCCGCCUGGUUCAAAGGAAGCCAAAGCCCUGGCCCAGCAGCAAGACUGAAGAAACUCGCGACAUUCUGCCUUAAACCCUCUGGAAGGGGAAUUUCCACAGCUUUUUUGUACUUACAGCAGCAGCAGCAGCAGCAGCAGCACGAUCUCGGCUUCAAGAAAAAUGGGUCGACCGUCCCAAAUUCUGUCCAGUUAAUCUCCUCUGUACCCUCGGCGCAGCCAAACGGCCCGACGACGGACGGGCUUCUCCCACGACCGGGGCGCGGGGAGGCAGAGGGGGCCGGGCGGGGGUCGCCCGGGUUCGUCCCCUCAAAUGCAGAAAGGCAAUUUGGCGUAUUUCGGUUGGAGCCCCAUCCGCCUGCCUCAGAGAGGGGAAGGGGGAAGAGAAAUGCGAGGAAUCGCCCCCUCCACAAAUUGUACCUCUUUGAUGUCUUUCAAUUGUCAUUAAAAAAAAAGAAAAACCCCCCACUGGAA